CUUAAAAUAGCCAUUAUAUGCAUCUUUUGGCGAUUUAAAAACAUGAAAAUUUAUUAAGCGUUGCAAGUCGAAACGAAUUAAUAAUUUGGAGAGUUUUGUUGUCGUUACAUUUUAUGAAACUACGAGGAUUGCGUAUAUUAAGUAUAAAAUACCUCACUGAUCGCAUGAGCACGGAUGGUCGAGUUGUCUAAAUGGGAUACUUUUUACUCCAGGACUCCAGGGGUCAGUGGUUCAAGCCCUGUUGACGGUUACAUUUUUAUACGCCCGUCUAUGACGGGACGUAUUAUGGUAUACCCCGCGUCUGUCCGUCCGUCUGUCCGUCCGUCCAUCUGUCCGUCCGUCCGUCCGUCUGUUAAUGUCGUACGCUACGUCAAAUAUCCUUUGACAGAUUUUCUUCAAAUUUUAACACAAUCUUAAUAUUGAUAAACCCUGAUCCCCUUUCGUUUUUGACGGAAUUCUGAAUUGUCGUUCCAGAGUUAUGGGACUUUGUUCGUCAAAAUUUCGUGAUUUCAUUGAAUGUCCUACUGUAGCUCAAAUAUCCUUCGAUGGAUUUUUUUCAAAUUUCAACACAAUCUUAAUAUUGAUAAACCCUGAUCCCCUUUCGUUUUUGACGGAAUUCUGAAUUGUCGUUCCAGAGUUAUGGGACUUUGUUCGUCAAAAUUUCGUGAUUUCAUUGAAUGUCCUACCGUGGCACACUAGAGACAUACUUCUCAGAUCAUAAAGCUAUCUGGAUUUCUCUCAGUCAAUAAAUCUUGAGUAUACCAUCUCAUUUAUGACAAACAUUAUUGACAAACAUUUUUGCAGAUAUUACUUGUGUAUUCUUCUAAUUGCUCUAUGGACAAACCUCAAUCUAAAUUGAUGUUGCAAGAUGAUACAUUAUGCUCCAUUGAAAUAGUAUCCCUGAAAAAUUGAACAAGGUGAGCUUUUUUCUAUUCCGAUUGUACACUACCACUUACCCAUCUACAUUUCUCUUUUAUUAUUGGUCAAAAUAUCUAUAACAGGUUUACUUCAACUCCAUAUCCUCUAAAGAAAUGCAUAUAUAUACUCAAAAAAAGAUAUGGUAUGAAUGUCAAGGAGACGGCGCUCCAUGCUCAUGUACUUAUAAAAUAAACCAUGUAUUCAAAUACAAAUAAACUGAAGUAAAAAAAUUAUUCAAAGGGUUAUUUAUUACCUUACUACUUCAUUGGCGAACGACGGGCGUAUCAUGCGCUCAUGGCGCAGCUCCUCAGUUUUAAAUGUUAUUCUUCAUAAUUUACUGUAGAUAUUUAGAUCCAAUGUUUAAAUUUAUCGAUAUAAAACAUUUAAUGACAAACUUUAAUACAUGCCAAAAUCUGUGAAGAGGCCCCUUUUUAACUCUUUCUUAAAAUGCACUUUGUUGCAAAAUAUCAAAUCGAUUGAUUUUAAAUUGUAUUUUGUUCAAUGCCUUUAUAGUAUUCUAGAGGGCGAAUGAAAUUAGGGCGAACGAUUGUCACGCCGAACUUACCCGAUACCUUUCAUACUAAGUUAGUUCUGCUAAAUUAUUACCAAAGAUCGUACAUUGAUAGAUAAUUUUGAAUACAUUUAUAAUUCAAUAUCGGUACCGUAAAAAAUACAACAAAUCCACAACAUCCGAGGAUUGCUGCUGCAUUGAAAAGCUGCAAGUCAUUUAGUCUAAAUAAAUCAUAUAUGCAUGGAAUGUAUUAGUUUUAUAUCGAAGUGAAGACGCUGGAACAUAGUUUCUAAAGAUUGCAAUAUAAAUGUCUCAAUAUUUGCACAUGGUUGGAACUCUUCGAUGUUUUGAACGUAAUGACUGAUUGGCGUGUUUAACUGAAUAAGAAUGUGAUGGAGAAAGUGAGUGAAAAAUCUCCGCUGCUUGCAAAUAGAUCUGAUGUUCGCAAUUCUUAUACUCGAACUGACGACGCUCAAGAAAUAUCCAGAGAUUCGGAAGAAGAUGAUGAUCUGGAUUUCCACACUGCUGUUUAUAAUAUCUGUCAUGUGCAAAUCGAUGUAUGUGAGCAAUCAACGUCUAGUUUGACUGACGUCAGUUCAAACGUUGUUGGACCUACGGACGUUACUGGGGAUGGUGGUACACCAACUGAAAGAUUUUCAAAGCUGUUUCGAUGUUUCUUUCUUUUGUUGCUGUGCAUAGUCCUUACAGGGGACUACAUUUGCUAUGACAGUCCUUCUGGUAUCCAACAGCAUGUCAUCGAGGACAUGGGCAUAUCAGAGACGCAAUACAUGGGCUUCUACUCCACGCUACAGUGGACAAACAUACCGUCCUCGCUGUUGGGGGGAUUUCUAGUUGACAGGAUUGGAAACAGACUGAGCAUGCCGAUCUCCACUGGACUGAUUGCGGCUUCCCAUACCCUCUUUGCAGUGGGUGCCCUUUUUAAGAACUACUGGGUCAUGUGGGUCGCCAGAGCCUUGUUUGGGCUCGUAGCCGCCCCGUCAGCCAUUGCAAACGACAACCUGACGGUGAAGUGGUUCCAACAAAGCAUGCUCAAUAUGGUGAUGGCCAUGAAGACAAGUCUAGGACGGGUGUGCAGUGUUUUAACUCUGAAUAUCAUGGAUCCCAUAUACGACUUCGUGUCAGCUCGCACACAGCCUAUGUACACCCUUGGUGUAACGUUGUUCACAGGUUCAUGUUGUGGCCUUCUGUGCACGUUAGCGGCCAUAUUGGCGGCCGUCAUUGAUCGGCGUUCUGACGUACAAAAACUCAUUGAUCAUCCUCCAGUGGCUAAGGACGAUAGCAAAAAAGAGGAAUCGAAGUUUAUCCGUAUAUCUGAUGUAAGGCGAUUUCCGUCCACAUUCUGGCUUAUUGCCAUCAGCUCCGCUCUCUUCUACCUGCAGCUUUUCCCCUUCGUGACACAGGGAGAGCUGUUCUUUGCAACGAAGUAUUCAAGAAGUCCGAAAGAGGCAAAUACGAUAAACAGCAUGGUAUACAUGGUUGGAGCGGUUUCGAUGCCACUGUUCGGUGUUGCCAUCGACAGAGUGGGUCGUAACCUGUACUUCCUGAUGACCGGCCUCGUCCUGGGGCUGACCAGCCAUAUCAUGAUGACCUUCACUUUUGUGGAGCCGUACGUAUGCACGGUGAUUCUUGGUCUAGGAUACUCCUUGGUAACCACCACAUGUUGGCCCCUGGUGUCCUACGCGGUCCCUCUGAGGUACCUUGGCACUGCGUUCGGAAUCAUGGGCACCAUUAUUUCUGCGGGGCAGGCCAUUGAUACGUAUUUUGUUGGCUUCAUCGUGGACACUGCCGGCUAUCUGGUCCUCGAAGUAUUCUUUACCAUGUUCAAUGAUAGCAGCUGCGUUGUUGUAUUUACGGGACGCGUCAACAGGUGGCCUACUGAAUCUAAGUACAAAACAACGUGCAGUUUUUCUCAAGCAUCAUGUGUGAGACAGACUUUGUAGAAAACGUUCAGAUUUGCUGUGAGAUUUUAAAUUUAAUUUGAUUAAAUGUUAUUGUGAUUAUUUUGUUUAUAUUGUUGCAUGCAGUGCCAAAUUAUUGUUUGUUUCAAAAUCUCAGCAUGACGUGCGCGUGUAUAUUGGUAUGAUGUUUUACAGAGGAAAUAAAAUAUUGCACUUAAA